CUCCGCCGAAGGCAGCCAACAAAAUACAAACAGAAAGAAGAAAGAAAGGCCAAUAACAGACACUUCAAGUACAGAAAAGCAAUAUGAAACCCAUCUUCUUCCUCAUCCCCGCCGUCCAAGCAGGCACCGUCAUCUGGAACGGAAUUUUCAACGAAACGUCCACCGUGGACCAACUCGACGAAUGGUCCUGGUCCAAUCAAGUCGGCGCCUAUCAAUGGUACAUCCACGGCAGCGAGAAAACAAACCACUACCUCGAGGUAUCCCCGGAUCUCAAAAAUCCAGCGUCCAAGGAUGGGAAGGGUAUUCGCAUGACAAUUGACGAAACCGCCUCCUGGAAUGGCCAAACAAUGAUGCGAACCGAGCUCAUCCCCCAGACCACAUCCGACCUGGGAUCCGGCACGCUCUUCUACCACUUCUCGCUGCAGACGCGCGAGAAGAAUCCACCAAAUGCAAAGAUUGAGCAUCAAAUUGCGUUUUUCGAGAGCCACUUCACCGAACUCCAAUUCGGCGGCAGCGAGCCCACCCUCCGCUGGAUGGCCGGCGGCAAGUCCCACUGGGAUACGGAUCUCAAGGCCGGGGUGUGGUACAACUUCGCAUACGAGAUCGACUUCUCUGGGCAGACGGUCGCGCUGUGGGCGUCAGAGGGGGCGAAGCCGUUGGCGCGCGUGGGCGACGAUGCCGUCUCCGCGGCUACGGAGACCAAUUCCCAGGAUUGGCACGUUGGGGAAUUGAGGUUGGAUAAUGGGGCUGCAGGGGGCGGGGUUGAGGAUUGGUUUUGGUCCGGGGUUUAUGUUGAGAGUGGGGAGAUAACCAAGGAGGUGUAGAUUCUCUUCUCUCUCCCUCCUCAUUUUACAAUCACCACGUGCUAUGCAGUUUCAAUUAUAUGUGUUUGAACUAUGUUAAAUUUGUUUAUUCCGUCAUAAAUUAUAGUCGUGAUGUAUUAUAAACAAUUACCGCACGCAGUACCCGCCGUCAAUGCAGAUAUCGGCGCCCGUCGUAUAGGUACUGGCAUCGCUAACCAGGUACACAUACGCACCCUUCAGCUCCUUCGCAUCAC